ACUGUGUCCACGCGUGUAACGCGGGACAGUUAUCCCUCUUGUUUGCAGUGAUUUUCGAAGACUUUUACUACCUACAGAUAUUGUGAAGUUUAAAUUUUAAAAAAUUUUAGUGGCAGUAAGACAUGGUGCAGUUCAAGUUAAAGGCUGCAGUUGUAAACACAGACCAGUAAAGACUUUCAUGGUUUCCCGUUGUGUAUUUCUUUGUAUUGAAAACAAAAGGAAACAUGGCUAGCCGUCAUUCUUUCCGCUUCGCAUGUCUUCUUUUAGCUCUCCUACUCUUGUUCGAUUUUCCACCUAUUUUCAGUUUACAUCUUUCAGGUUCAUGGAAAACAACAACAUUUUUUCAGUUUCUUGCCAAAUUUGGUUUUCAAAAAACCAACCUGAAGGAUAGGAGUGAAACACAGGGAUACAUUUAUGGAAAUAUCACCACUCAACUCAAUACAACUUCCUAUGUCACACUGGCUGUGUUAGAUAGAGGAUACUUUUUGGAGUAUUAUGGAAACUCCACAGUUUCCCAGCGUGCCACAGCUUGUACAGCCAUGUUUAAGAAAAUUGACAGUGUAGCAUAUGAUUCACAAUGCAACGAUGGAGGGUCACAAGACCUACUACGAAAAAUUCCAUGUCCAAAUGGCAAGCUUUGUCCUGAUGAAGACAAUCCCAGAAAUGUUGUUGAGAACUUCCAGUUUAGCUUCCAUGUUGAAGAUCUUAGUCAACCCCGCUUCUGGUACCUAAGUUUUGUGGCUUGUUACAGAGAUUCAAAUUGUUCUUGGAAACCAUUGGAAGAAGAUAUAGUGUUUGACUAUGACAUCUGGCUAGUAAAUGGGAACCCCUAUUCAAAAAAUCAAAAUCCACUAGAAUAUCAAUUUAGUUUUGACAACCAAGAUACUGUUGAAAUCUAUUUGGUAUUUCUUGCUUGCUACAUGUUUUUGACUCCUCUGCAAGUAUAUGCAGUUAUGAGACAAAAACAUCCUGUUCCAAAACUUUUUACAGUCGGCCUCAUAUUCUCACUUUGUGGUGUUUUGCUGAAUAUGUUUCAUUGUCUAAAAUUUGCUUUCGACGGUAAAGGUGUCGAAAUUGCUGCCAUAAUAGGAGGGGUACUCGAUAUAUGCUCGCAGACCCUCUUAAUGCUCCUUCUGCUGCUCCUCGCCAAAGGAUGGGCUAUAACGCGAAAAGAAUUGAAGAACAUAACUCUCCUUUUUUCUGUUUGGGCAUUGUAUGGGCUUGUCCAUGUUCUUCUCUACGUCUGGGACUUGACUGAGUUGGACGUCAUUGAUGAUAUCGAUGCAUAUCAAACAUGGCCGGGUUGGCUAAUGCUUAUCUUACGCAUAGGAAUCAUGGCAUGGUUUCUCUUCUGCCUAAGAGCGACAAUGGCAUUUGAGCAUCAGAAAAGCAAAUUGGAAUUUUUUCUUCACUUUGGUGCAGCUUCGUUGGUGUGGUUUAUAUAUCUUCCAAUUGUGGCACUGAUUGCCCUUCAGGUACCAGUUCUCUGGAGAACGAAGCUUUUGUUGGGCAUAGUACAUUCGGCAAACUUUUUAGCCUAUGCAGUAAUGGCUCAUCUUCUGUGGCCCACAAGGUCGCAGCAGUACUUUUUGUUGGCAAAUCAAAUCGAUUUAGGUGAUGAACUUGAGGAAUUCGAUGAAGCACCUCAUAAUGUCGAAAAUCGUCAAGCACCGUUUAUUAGGAAGAAUUCUAGAUCCCUGAGCGAUUCAGACGUGUUUUCUACUCAUGACCUUGCGAAUCAACGCAUCGCCGUUUGAAUCAGAGCUUCAAAAUUUGGGUUAUCUGUCUGUGACCAUCAGGAUACACAUUGAAACUUU